UUAUUUCAUUCAAGUGCUUUUUUACCCUUUGGUUCUUGAAUUUUUAAGAGUCCAAAGUUUUGAAAGCAAAUGGAAAAGCUGAAUUUUGUUAAAAAUGGAGUGAGCAAAUUGCCUCCUGGUUUUCGUUUUCAGCCAACAGAUGAAGAACUUGUUUUCCAAUACCUCAAGUGCAAGGUCUUCUCCUACCCCUUGCCUGCUUCUAUAAUCCCAGAGAUCAACGUCUGCAAGCAUGAUCCUUGGGAUUUACCUGGGAACUGUGAUCCUCAAGAGAGGUAUUUUUUCAGUCCGAAGGAAGCAAAGUAUAGAAAUGGUAAUCGCAUGAACAGAACAACAAAGUGUGGAUAUUGGAAGGCAACAGGAUCAGACAAGAGAAUUUCAUCAUCUUCAAAUGCAUGUAAUGGCAUUGUCGGAAUAAGAAAAACACUAAUUUUUUAUGAAGGAAAAUCUCCAAAAGGUUCCAGAACUGACUGGGUCUUGCAUGAAUAUCGUCUUGCGAAUGCAGAAACAACUGCUUGCAACUCAUCCCAUAACUACGUGAACGAGAUUGGAGAUUGGGUUUUGUGUCGCUUAUCGAUGAAGAAAAGAAGUUUAGAAAGUGGUGUUGAUGAGAAACAAAAAGGUGGUAGUGGUCCAAGAUUAAUGUUUGAUUUUAUGAUGUUGGGAAAAACAGAUUCUUCUACAUCGUCAUCGUGUUCAAGUUCUAAUAACAUUAUGGAAGUUUCUUCAAAUGCAUCGGAUCAUGAAGAAACAAGUGGUGGCUAUACCUACUUUUAGGAUUACUACAAUCGCAAAUUUCUCCACUAAUUAAUGACCUAUUAAUAAUGCUUUUCUCAUUGCGUGUUUCCAAUCCAUUGUAAUAUUCUUAUUUUCAUGUGUUUUAUAGGCUUGCUUC